UCUCCGGGGUGCAACCCUAUCACAGUUACGGCUGUACCCAUGUCCCUCGCUGCUAUACGGCCUGGCUCUGUAGCUGCUACUUCAUUAUCUGCCCCCAACCUGGGACCACGGAUUCGAGGACCUCCCCCACCGCCCGGUGAAGAGAACAGAGAGAACGAUGACGGAGGGCCUGGUCCCAGGAUUCCCCAGGUCCUGGAGAAGAUCCUACAGCUGAAGGAGCAACGCCAGGUGGAGCUCACAGCAUCAGCGGAGGCUUCAGACGAUCCCGAUGCAGCGGUGGGAGCCACUCUGACCCCAGCUGAUACCGAAGAGGAAGAGGUUGCAUCUUCACAGUCAAAGAAAGAGAAAAACCGUAAACGUCGCAACCGAAAGAAGAAGAAGAAAUGCCAGCGUAGUGAGGUGAGUGGAGUUGUGAAGCCGGCAGCAGCAGUGACUGACACAGAAUCGGAGGUGGAGGUGGAGUAUGUGACAGCAGAGCCGGAAAUCUUUGACACCAAUUUCAUCUACUUCAAGAGGAUCUUCGAAACGUUCAGGCUGACCGACGAUGUGAAGAAAGACAAGGACAAAGAGCCGGACAAAGCAGACAAGCUGGAAUCGGCAGUGCUGCUGAAGAAGAAGGGAUUGGAGGCAGAGCUGAAAGGCAGCAGUGAUGAAGAUGAGGAUGUAGACAGUGAUGAGGACCUGGAAAAACGGGAUGAUCUCCCAAAAUUAUCGAAGAAGAAGUUAAGGAGAUUAAAUCGUUUGAGUGUGGCUGAACUGAAACAGCUGGUAGCGCGCCCGGAUGUGGUGGAGAUGCACGAUGUGACAGCCCAUGACCCGAAGCUGUUGGUUCACCUGAAGGCCACCCGCAACUCUGUGCCUGUGCCACGCCACUGGUGCUUCAAGCGCAAGUACCUGCAAGGCAAGAGGGGCAUCGAGAAACCCCCCUUUGAGCUGCCCGAGUUUAUCCGCCGCACUGGGAUCCAGGAGAUGCGGGAGGCCCUGCAGGAGAAGGAGGAGCAGAAAACCAUGAAGACCAAAAUGCGGGAGAAAGUGCGUCCGAAAAUGGGGAAAAUAGACAUUGACUACCAGAAACUUCACGAUGCUUUCUUCAAGUGGCAGACCAAACCCAAGCUGACCAUCCAUGGUGACCUGUACUACGAGGGCAAAGAGUUUGAGACACGGCUGAAGGAGAAGAAACCUGGAGACUUAUCCGAUGAACUCAGACUGGCUCUGGGAAUGCCUGUUGGAGCGGUAAGUAAAGGCUGUCAUAUCUUCCAGAGGAAUGGGACCAGG